AUGACAGAAGAAACUCCAGACCUUUACUUGGGACAGAUUCCUACCCUAUUUAAACAACUUAAAAUCCCCAAAUGUUUUGUUACUGAUAUAAUCGGCUGUGUUACUUAUUAUUAUGAGUUCAUGAAUGGUAGAUCUGUGGUAUACAACCCAAGUAAUCGGAAACAAGCGAUGACAAUGCGUUUACUUCUGGCUUAUACUUUAACAGCACCCAAUGCUGACGUUGGCAACAUUCUAGACAUCUUGGAUAUCGAUAAACUAAUCCGGAACGUUGACCGUUUACUUAAAUAUCGUGAUAAUUAUGCACAUAUAUUGGCGACUUGGAGACUCUGUGUGGAAGCUACUGUCCCUGGAAGGAAGUAUUCCGAUUCAGAUCUUGUGAAUUUCAAAUUAGACUUGCCUCUGCUAAAAAAAAUCAAGACUCAUUUAGAAUUAGAUUCCACCGAUGCUCGUAAGGGUAUGUCUGAUGGAUUAUUGAUUGAUAUGUUGAGUUGCUGUGCUGUCAAUGAGCGAGAUGAGCCUGUUAAUUACGAUUUUGAUUCUGAAGUUACUCAUAUUACUAUCAAAGUCUUUGCAGAUAUACUAGGACAUUUAGGUGAACUAGAGUAG